UAAAUGCUGGAUUAUUGUAACAAUGAGCGCUGUGAGUUGGUUGUUUGGUGCCUUGUGAGAGUGGCAGGCUAAAGGUGGUGUGAGAAUGAGGGGCUGUGGGUUUACUGAAUUCCUAUCCGGUGAGUUGAGCGUUGGUUUCUGUCUAGACAAAGCUCAGUUGUCGGGGAGACUCAGGCAGAUCCAGGACUGCCUCGGGCUCCAGGAAGUAUUGGUGGGAGAGAGAGUGGGCUUUUUUUUCCCCUCCUGCUCACUUUUCCCUCCUUGGGGGAUUUCAGGGAAAGAUGUCGACUGCUGAGAGUGUGAGCACAGCUGUCCAGUGAUUGAAAUGUCAUCAAAAAUGCAGAGCUCCAGCAGCACAGCUCUGGCCAGGCGGACGGUGCAGCAGCUGAGGAUAGAGGCCAGCAUCGAGAGGAUAAAGGUGUCCAAAGCUUCAUCAGACCUGAUGCGAUACUGUGGAGAACAUGCCAAGUAUGACCCACUUCUGAUGGGCGUGCCUGCUUCAGAAAACCCUUUCAAGGACAAGAAGCCCUGCACAGUGUUGUAGGAGAGCUCCUGAACUUUCUGUUUUUAUUCUUCUCUGGAAGAAAGCUGACUCACAACUUAUCAUAAGGCCAGUGUCCCCACCUAAUUUUUUCCCAUGCUCGCUGUCGUUCAAGAAAUGCAAUCCUUUCUGCCUAACACGGCAGUAACACCAAAGAUCAGAGCAGAAUUCUGAAACUGUGCUGUUUGAUCAAAGUCUGAGUGCAAACACAAAUGAUUAAAGGGUUGUCUUGAAAUUCAGUGGUUACUUUUGGUACCUGAUGAUACGCCAAACUGAGUGGAUCUGUGGCCAUUGAUGGCAGAGAUCCACACUCCACAUUCAAGGGUCAACCUCCUUUGUUCAAAAAUAAAGCACAUGCUGCUGUCUCGAUUAUCCAGUUGAUUCUGGCUGCAAAAGCCAAAUAAUCCCCCGUAGGUCCCAUGUUAAACUGUCAAUUUUUACUGCAGAAAUAAACAUGUUUACAGGCUGGUUAAAAAGAAAA